AGAGUAAGCAUGUAUUUACGUCGAUAACAUUUUACGAGAGAGAGAGAGAGAGAGAGAGAGAGAGAGAGAGAGAGAAAAUUUUACGUUAAAUGUGUCGUCAUUGACUGGUGAGGCGUAAGAGAGUACCUAUAAAUUGUGUAUACUCGUGGUACAGAACAUACCCUCCGAGUCAAAUGGCUGCCAUCAAUCCAACAGGAGCGGCCCGAAGCUCAGUUUGUAAAGGGACUCUUACGAAAGUGCUUACGGCACUUACGAUUUUGUUUGGCGCUGCUACCGUGGGUUUGGCUGCUUACAUCAUCUACAAACAAGUCAUAUAUAAAGAAAGCCUGACCAGGGAGAGCCUCAUCAGGCGUUACCCCGGCUACUUUUGGACACUGGAGGAGUACUACUGGUACUCACGACUACUGAACAGCAGUCUGAAGGACAGCACCGUGUCCAAGUACUUCAAGAAGCCGUGUAACUCUGACUGCCCCAGCCAGCCCUGGUACAGAGCUAGUAGGAGACGACGGGAGGUGGGUGUUGUCGCUGGUAGGAAACGGCGGGAGGUGGGCGUGAUCGCAAGCAGCGAGAUUUAUCAUGGAUGCUGUAUGUCACAGCUGUUCUACAUGGCCCCCCUUCAGCAAGUGAACGAAAAAGGGAUUCUGAGGACCCUGUUUCAUCUCUUACCGGACGCUCAGCAGUUCUUUAAAGUCUCCUCGUGCGUAGAACACUUGGAGUGUACGGGCUGUCACUGUAUGUAUGAGCAGGAGAUGUACUCCGCGGUGGUGGUGAAGCCCGGGAUCGCGGUGGCUGACGCGGGUCUGGAGGAUCUAGAGAUCGACGUCCUCGUCUUCAAUGGAUGCUGCAAGUGUGUCAAUGAUGGAUCUUAAACUGAAAAGUCUCAAUAUCAUUCAGAUUUUAUGUGAAUUUAUCAAUCAUAUAGAUUUGUUCUUUUUGUCAAAAAUUUAUUUAUGUGAAGGUCCGUGAAACGUAAAAUUCCAUACAAAAAAAAAAUAAAUAUUUUAUAA